AUGCCUGUAAUGAAGCGUAUGAAGGGGUUGCCCAAGGAUCUUCUGGCUGCCGAAGGUUUGAUGUACCAUGACUGGUAUGCCAUAACUCCGUGCCAGAGAGCUUGUACUACCAGGUUCGGAAUUGCCAUACAACGAGAACAGGAGUCAUACGUGAGCAAACACCCUGAGAUUUUAGCUCUAUUAAAGAUAUUCAUAGCGAAAAUGACUCAACGGGGAAAACGCAAGGAUUUCGAGAGAGAAGCUGCCGAGAAUUUCACCAGACCUUGGGCUGAGCUGGACGAGGAAAUCAGAACUUUUCUGGAAUCACCAGAGGAUGGGCCUUAUGUUAAUAUGGAUGAUAGAGAAUUCUACGAAUUCGACGACGAAGACUUCCAGAAAGACUUGAAGAAGAUCUACGAGAAGUACUACCCCCCAGAGCCCUGGUCCCUUACGUCUCCUGAGAAGAGCCGCUCCAACACUCUGUCCUCUUCAUUCAUCUCCAUACAAACUUCUGAGUUAACUCUACCAACUCCUGAACCUAUACCGACUCCUGAGCCAACAAUCUCGGAGGUGUUCUACACACUGAUAUCGAACACCGUUGAUAAAGUCAUCUAUGUACAAAUUGACGAAAACGCUCUUCUCUACGAUACGGCGUACGUGGAACUCAUGAGGGCUGUUGAAGAAGCCAUGGAGAUCCCCGUCCGGGAAAUACGCGCUGAUAUAGCAGCCCUGUUCAAUAGUGCUUACCACAUGUUCGAAAUUGACAUCAUGGAGAAGGAGAGAUUUGCUGCUGAAAUCGCAUGGGAAAAACGAAUGAGGAAGAAAUUGAAAAAGACAUUAAGGCGUCAAAAGAACUUUAAAGGAUAUGAAACGCCGCCUACACCGAAGAGUGAAAUUUCAUCACACGAGAGCUAUAAGAGGCCUCUCCCGCGGCUAUGCGAGUGCCAUCCAUUGGCCAAGUACAAUCGAUAUGGAAAGGACCGCUUCGGCAUCUACUUACCGCGCCAAGAAGAAUUCAGCAAAUCUAAUAUAACAACCACUCCGGCUUGUUCAGCUACAGGAACAGGGGAAGGGAAUGAUGAAAAAGUUGAUGCCAGAUCUGUUACCAGUAAAAAAUCUACACAAACUUCGAAAAGUGCUACCUCUUCGAGGCGGGGAAGGGUCGUUCCAACUGAAUCUGAUGGAGAAACUGAGUAG